UUAUCAUUUUUUUUUUUACAGAUCCAGAGUUUGCUCAGGUUUUUCCUGUUUGCUUUAGUAUGCGGGUGUUACACGCAAGCUUCGAAAAAAUGUUCUGCUGGAGGACUAGACCUCAAAUACGUAAGGGGAGAUGCAUUGAUCGACUCUGCUGAUUGUCUUGGCCCUAAUAAUGCACCGUAUCCAUCAGCGGCAAUUGAAAAAAGUUUGAAGAGCUUCUGGGGAGGAAGCAGCCGAACCGGAAGGGCAUAUCAUCAAAACCGAGUAGCAGAUCCCGAGUUGACUAGACAAAAGCUCUUACACAAUUAUAAACUAUCUCACGGUGAUUACACCGUCUCCAGUGUGCGGAACGGUCGGAGCUUCAGCUCAAAAGAAACAUGCGGAUCACCAGGUCGGCUUUGUAAAACCCGGUACAAUACAACAGCACCGAUGUACGGGGUCAGUCUCACCAGCGGACAACCAGUUACCAUUGUACAAAAAUUUCCCGACCUACUGCAGCAAGUUGUCUUCGAGGUUUGCGAAUCCAAGGAAUGUGACGUGGUACAUGGUGAGUGUACUCAAACUUAUGUCCCAUAUUUGUUCUUGGUGAUACCGCUUGGCCCGGUGACACUCACGGGUCAGGAUUACGUGCUCGUCGAAAGUGGUUGCGUGUGCAAGCCCAGAAAUUCAUUGACUACCAGCUCCGAAGCACCCUUAGUACCUAACUUGUAA